GUGGGGGAGGCUUUCCAGGCAUUUUGGGAUGCCUACAAAUGUAGUCAUCCCUCCCAUGUCGUGUUUACCCGACAUGCCACGAACUUAUCACAGGUGGUUCCCUUGCUGAUUCAUGGGGACGAGGGUCGUUCCAUCAAGAAGACUGCAUACCUGAUUCUCUCAAUGGAGUCUCCUAUCGGGAUUCUACCACACAGGGGUCCUGCUUGUGAUUGCUCUGCUGUUCUGGCUGCACGCCCAGACCUUCCGACCUAUGGUGUGCCAAACCACAAGCUACUUGAUGCAAAGUCUUUGGAGAUCUGCCGUGGCAUGACUACAAAUUUUAAGGGUCACUCCUACCUAUCCAGAUUUCUUCUUUUCGGACUGGGGGGGUGGGUUUACAAGAAAAAUCCACAUGUGACGGCAGUGCUCUUCGAGCGAGUGGCAGAGGAUUUCCGCUUGCUGCUAGAGGAAGGAGUAGGUGUAGGAAAUCGGGUUUACUAUGGGGCAGUCAUAGGGACAAAGGGUGAUAUGGAGUUUCACCAGAAGUAUUUCGGCCUACUCCGCUCCUACAGCAAUGUGCAGACAAGAGCAGGUUCAGGAUCUCUCUGCCAUCAGUGCAUGGCCUCCACAGGCCAGGACAGCCAGUUCCCCUUCGAGGAUCUUCGUGAGAGACCUCACUGGGAGGCGACAAUGUACAGCAGUCGCCCAUGGGGUAACCCAGAGCCCGCCCUAGCUGGCAUACCGUAUGACCCCCAAACACCCGAGAGGACCCUGAAGGCAGAUGUUUUCCACGUCGUCAAACUAGGCCGUGCUCGCUGGCAGCGCAUCAGCAAGCGGCUGCAAGGGGAGAAGGAGAAGCUGCAAAGCGCACCGAGCGCGAAGGACGAGCCUUCCAAGGCCAAGGCGAAGGCCAAGGCCUCCGCGGCCGCGAGGUGCGGGAAGUUGGGCCAGGGCUCCGAAGGGAAGGUCACACGUUCAGCCAGCAUCACCGCCCAAGAUCGAAGCUCGUCCGAAGUGCCACAGGCAGCGCAGAUCGGAGCCUACGUUGGUCCAGAGCAUGCUGUGUCGGUGAGUUUGGAAGCGGCUGCCCCAGACUUGUUGGAGGUGGAAUUCUCGAAGGUGCUCUUCUCGGUCCAGGGCACCUCGUACUUGCCGCCCGCCAUAGACUUUCCACCGGGCGACACAGCCCGCCGGAAGUUCUUUGCCGUGGCCGAAAGGGUGGUUCCUCUGCCAGACGGCGCAAGCGAGGCGUUCCCUCAGGGUGAAGGGAGCUUCGCUCUCCAGGUCACUUUCGAUCUUUCCUUGCCGAGUUGA